AUAUUGACAGCGAUUCAUUUAUCAAGCAAAUCAGGGUGGAUCCCUUGCAUUCAUACCCGUUCCUCCUCCUAGAAGUAGAUAUAGGUCUUUUGCAAAUACUUAUUUAAUACUUAUUUCUGCAUCCUUGUCUUUUUUAUUCAACGGUAGCUUCAGUCGGUUUGCAACAUGGGUUCAAACUUUACCAUUACCCUUGUUCUCCUUGCCGCCAUCGCAUGCCUGUCCGAAGGAUGCUGUCCAGAGGGGUUCAUACAAGUUGGUAACCGGUGCUACCAUUACAACUCUGACAAGGUGGAUUGGCACGAUGCACAUCGUGCAUGCGAAGGACUCGGGGCGCAUCUAGUCAGCAUCCACAACUAUGAGGAUAGUAGAGAGGUCUAUGCCCUUUGGAAGAGUUUAGUCGACGAGAGUUACGUCAAUUAUUUACACAGGACCUAUUGGAUUGGACUACAUGACGUGCAAAACGAAAACAACUUUGAGUGGAGUGAUGGGACCCCUAUGGACUACUCUCUAUGGCAUCCCAGCCAACCUAACAACUACGGGGGAGAAGAUUGUGUGGCUCCAUUUAACUAUGGUAGCAACGACUUUGACAAGCAGAGGUGGCAUGACCACGGCUGUAGAAACAGGAAACCCUACUUCUGCCGUAGAUCUGCCACCUCAUAAAU